CGGGAAGGUUGUUCGAGGAGGGAAGUGUCAGUGACCUAAGUUUUAUUCAGCAAUCAAAGUAUAAUUGUGUAGCUGUGUUUUAAUUGUUUUAAGCGAACAUUCUGGACUCCACCAUCACCAUUCCUGGGUAUGUACUGUAUCACUGGCAGGACAGACCUAGCAGAGGUGGUGGCACACUGGUAUACCACAGAGAGAGAGUUGCCCUGGCAACUUUCAACAUCGGCACUGGACCCCAUGAGGUCUCAUGGCACCAGGUUAAACAUGGGCAAGGAAACCAACUGCUGAUUAGCACAUACCAUCCUCCCUCAGCUGAUGAAUCGGUGGUCCCUCAGGAUCAAGAAUGCUUUGCUUCCUCGCUAGUUCUUUGGCCUCAUCUAUCACCUCAGAACCCAAUGCAGGAAGCACGGAUUCUGCUACAGAUGCCUGGUAGGAAUAUUACACCAGGGAACUUGGAGCAGGAGGUGUCUUAUGGGGCAGGCAGGGAAACUGAAGGUGUGCCAAGUACAGCAAUACGAGAAAUCUCCCUUCUCAAGGAACUGAACCAUCCCAACAUAGUCAAGUUACUUGAUGUCAUUCAUACGGAGAAUAAACUCUAUUUGGUCUUUGAGUUCCUGCAUCAGGAUCUGAAGAAGUUCAUGGACGUCUCUUCGGUCACUGGGAUCCCAUUGCCACUCAUCAAGAGUUACCUAUUCCAGCUGCUGCAGGGCCUCGCGUUCUGUCAUUCUCACCGGGUGCUUCAUCGGGACUUGAAGCCCCAGAACCUGCUGAUCAAUGCCGAAGGUGCGAUUAAACUAGCUGACUUUGGACUCGCGCGAGCUUUUGGCGUACCUGUUCGCACGUACACCCAUGAGGUUGUCACGCUGUGGUAUCGUGCCCCUGAGAUCCUCCUGGGAUGUAAAUAUUACUCUACUGCAGUCGACAUCUGGAGUCUUGGCUGCAUCUUUGCUGAAAUGAUCACAAGGAGAGCCUUAUUCCCUGGAGACUCUGAGAUAGAUCAGCUGUUUCGCAUAUUCCGAACCCUUGGAACACCAGAUGAUUCCAUCUGGCCAGGAGUGACGUCCAUGCCUGAUUACAAGCCCACAUUUCCAAGGUGGAUUCAACAGGAUCUUAGUAAAGUGGUCCCCCCUUUGGAUGAUAUUGGCAGAGAUCUGUUGGCGAAAAUGCUUCAAUAUGAUCCAAGCAAGCGUAUCUCAGCGAAGGGUACCCUGUCCCAUCCUUUCUUCCAAGAUGUGACCAAACCUGUCCCUCACCUUCGAGCUUAAAGUUCAGCCUAUCAAUUGCUGCUCUGAGG